CCAUUCUUCCAAAGAAUGCAAAUGCAUUUUGGGGAUUUCAUUUUUUUGAGAUACAUAUCUGUAGCACAAUGGUUUGAAGGUCUGGAUUAUAUAGUGUCAAGUAACUCUAAUUUGCAGACUCUUGUUGUUUCCGGUAAUGAAUCACAAGCUGGAGCAUCUACUGUCCAUUUGCCAUCCAAAAUUUGGGAGUCACCACAGUUGAGGCAUCUUGAACUUGGCAAUUCCUAUACAGUAGAUCCUCCAAGCGUUGAUAAGAAGAGUUUUCAAACAUUGUCUUGGGUGAGUCCAGCCUAUUGCCGAAAGGGAAUGUAUAACAAGUUUCCGAAAUUAAAAGCACUGAAAAUUUUCCUUAAAGAUGAAUUAGAGCUCAACUGCACUUGUAGAUCUUGCAAUAAUCCCAUCAUUUUGGAUAAUCUUGACUAUUUGAAAGGGCUUGAGAAGUUAACGAUUUCAGUUUCUAUUGACUGCACUGUAACCCUUCAAAAUCGGUGUAUGUUUCCUUUACUACUGGAGAAGUUGAGGUUGAGUGGGCUUAAUCUCUCUGAGAGGCAUUUAACAGUAAUUGGCAUGUUGCCCCAGCUUAAGGUGCUCAAGCUAGAAAAUUCCUUCCAUGGAAAAGUAUGGGAAGUAUCAGGAGGAUUCUGUAAGUUGGGAUUCUUGCUUCUUGAAGCUAAAAACCUGGAGCAGUUGAAGGCUAAUAAAUAUUCCUUCCCAUGUCUCCGGCACUUAGGUCUAAGAUUCUGUUAUUGCCUGGAAGAGAUCCCUCAGAGUUUUGCACAUAUUUUCUUGCUGCAGUCAAUUGAGUUGAAACAGUGCAGCCCUUCUGUAGUCGCUUCUGCCAAGCAGAUUCUAGAAGGACUGCAUCCAAUACGAAGAAGAAUGUUUGAGAUCAAAAUCGACGGGUCUGAAUAUGGGGAAUCACAAUAUCCACAAGAAUAAGAUGACUUGGCUGAGAUCACAGUGAGCUAACUGUUAUUAGAAAAAUGGGCAUGAAGGGUAAACUUCCUCAAUCUCACAUGAUUGAGAGUUGUGGGGGUUCCUUGUGAAAGUAGGAUGCUAUUGCAAAGUAUCCAAAAUAUGCUAAUAGAUGGUAUUGAAACAUGGGCUCAAGAGCUCUGCCAAAUGGACAAUAUAAUGGUCAGUUUAUCCUCACCGAACAUUGAAAAGGAGAUCAAUAGAUGCGCAUUGGUCAUUUGUAUGCUCGAGUAGUUAACUAAUGUCGAUGUUUUUCAGAGAAAUCAUGUUGGUGGUUGUGGCAUGCAUGAAGGUUGACUAAUCUGAUGCCUAUAUGAUCGACCGAGAUGAUGAAAUGACUUUACAUAUCUGUUUUGCUGCGAUUAUAUUCAUUCUUUGUUUUGAUAUGCUUUUUCAGAUUGGUGAAGUUUCUAAACUGGGAAGCUGUUAGUGCUCUCAAGUUAUUGGAGAUGUAGAGGCGAUAGAUGAUUUCCCAUGUCUCCAAUGGUUAGUUUGGAAAAGUUUCCUUGGUGUUUAAAAGAAAAUUUGAGCCUGCGGUCAAUUAAGUUGGAUCAGUGUAGCACUUCUGUAGUUGCUUUUGCUAAGGCAUAUUCGACUGGCAAGUUGAAAUGGAAAACGACAUUUUUGAGAUUAAAAUCCUUGGCACUGAAUCACAGAGUACCGAUACAGAUGUGUCUACAGACGCAUUGGGCAGAUCAAAGUCUAGGGGCCUGAAUAUGAUGAAUCACAUAUGGAAAGGUCCGUAAAAGACGACUUGGUUGGGCUUGCAGUUAACUAACAGUUAUGUGAAAACGGAGUUGAGGUUGAGUGGGCUUAUUCUCUUUAAAACUAAUUGGCAAGUUGCCCCUGCUUAGGAUGCUCAAGCUAGAAAAUUCCUUCCAUGGAAAAGUAUGGGAAGUAUCAGAAGGAGGAUUCCGUUGGUUAGAAUUCUUGCAUCUUGAAGCUAAAAACCUGGAGCAGUUGAAGGCUAAUAAAUAUUCCUUCCCAUGUCUCCAGCACUUAGGUCUAAAAUUCUGUUAUUGCUUGGAAGAGAUCCCUCAGAGUUUUGCACAUAUUUCCUUUCUGCGGUCAAUUGAGUUGAAACAGUUCAGCCCUUCUGUAGUCGCUGCUGCCAAGCAGAUUCUAGAAGGACUGCUUCCAAUACGAAGAAGAAUGUUUAAGCUCAAAAUUGACGGGUCUGAAUAUGAGGAAUAACAAUAUCCACAAGUAGAAGAUGACUUGGCCGAGAACACAGUGAGCUAACUGUUAUUAGAAAAAUGGGCAUUAAGGAUAAAUUUCCUUAAUCCCAGGUAUUUGUCAGUGUGGGUUCCUUGUGAAGAUGUAUUGUCAUCCGUGAAACCCUUGCUAGUGUGCUUGAGUUAACUAAUGUUGGUGGCUGUGGCAUGGAGAUUGGUGUGGUCAUUGAAUAUUUUGCAGAAAAAUGUCUAAAUUGGGAAGCUGGUUGUUCUCAAGCUAUUGGAGUUCCAGAGGGCAUGAAGGGUAAACUUCCUCAAUCUCACAUAACUGAGAGUUGUGGGGGUUCCUUGUGAAAGUAAGGUGCUAUUGCAGAGUAUCCAAAAUAUGGUAAUAGAUGGUAUUGAAACAUGGGCUCAAGAGCUCUGCCAAAUGGACAAUAUAAUGGUCAGUUUAUCCUCACCCAACAUUGAAAAGGAGAUGGAUAGAUGCACGUUGGUCAUUUGUACGUGAUGUACUGUCAUUGGUGAAACCCUGUUGUGGUUGUGGCAUGCAUGCAGAUGGUGUGCUAAUUGAAUGCCUUGCUGGAAAGUUUCUAAACUGGGAAUGAAGCUGCUAGUGCUCUCAAGUUAUUGGAGAUGUAGAGAAAUCAGGUUGGUGACUUUGAAAAUAUUUUAAACUAGCUUAGGAAGCUGCUAGUCUCAACUCUCAAGAAUUGAAGAUCUACAGGGUAGUGAGGAGAUUUUGAAAAGGUUUACCAUUAACUUGGAGCAUCUUGGUGUAAACAGGGUAGUGAAGAGAAUCUUGCCUCUUAAAGCUAAUAAACUCGAGCAUUGCACAGGCGACGGUGAUUUCCCAUGUCUCGAGUGGUUAGUCUUGAGAUGUUAUAUAUUGCUUGGAAAAGUUCCGUUGGCGUUCAACAGAAAAUUUGAACCUAUGGUCAAUUAAGUUGGAUCAUUGUGGCCCUUCUGUUGUUGCUUUUGCUAAGCAUAUUUGAGACUGGCAAGUUGAAAUGGGAAACGGCAUUUUUUGAGCAGCCUGAAUAUGAUGAAUCACAUAUAGAAGAGUGUAUAGACGACGACUUGGAUGGUAUACGCGUAUGAGGCUGCAUGUAUCUUUGUAUCUGCAUUUACAUCUGCAUCCCAAAUGAAAUAAAAUGAAAUGUUGUUGCUACCU